CCUACAGGAAAAGGAUCCUUGAAGGUGCAUUAACUUGGGCAGCCAGCUGCACACCCUUGAGCAGCUGACAGGCGCAGAGACCAGAAAAGAGAAAACCCGUACGCACCAGAACCAAGAGCAGCGGACUUUGUGUUAGUCCCGGCCCAUUUCCAUGAUAGAAACCUCCUAACCUCCUGUGGGUAAGAGCCAGCUUCUGGUCUGCACUGGCGGCGGCUGCUACUCUCCGUCCACAGCAAGCAAGCCAUUAUGCAUCUAAACAGCACAGUAUUUUAAGCUUACUCUCCAAGCAACAUCUCUGCAAAAGCUUUGCAAGCUGGUCUGCUCCGGACCCUGAAGAGUCUGGAGUCCUUCCCAGCUAACUGUCUCUCACUCUGCGGAGCACGGCAGCUCAAUUACUGGAGAAAGAGAUUGGUCCUUGCCACCGCCCUCCCCUCCGGUCUUCAGUGGGAGCUGGGAAGAGGAGAUCUGCUUCAGUGCGCACGGGAGUGACCAAGUGUAACUGGCUACCGGAGCAGCGACCUGGACGCGGGUCCUUUCCUCCGCCGGCGGAUACACCCGCGCUGUGCGCCCUGACCACAGCGCUGGACCAUCCCGGCAGGGUUCGCGGGUGACAUCACUCCUGAAGAAACCCGCUCUCUAGUCCUUGCCUUCACAACGCCUCUAUCAGUGUGUUUGUGGGUCUCUGGAGAGGGCUUCCUGAGAAGAGAGGACGGCGAGUAGCGACCAACCAGACCAGAGGAGGCAAAAGAGUAGCGGGGAGUGAAGGAGUACCCCAGAGGACAGCGACAUGAAAUUCAACGCUGCACACUACUUGCUGUCCCUGCUGCCUGCACUCGUCUUCAGCACCAGACAGGACUAUGAGGAGCUAGAGAAGCAGCUCAAGGAGGUGUUUAAGGAGCGCAGCACAGUCCUGCGGGAGCUAACAAAGACAUCGCGAGAACUGGAUGGGAUCAAAGUCAACCUUCAGUCUUUGAAAAAUGAUGAGCAAUCUUCCAAAACGGAUGUUCAGAAGCUUCUGGAGUUAGGCCAGAAGCAAAGGGAAGAAAUGAAGUCCCUCCAGGAGGCCCUGCAGAAUCAGAUUAAAGAGACAUCUGAGAAAGCAGAGAAACAUCAGGCUACAAUUAAUUUUUUGAAGACUGAAGUGGAAAGAAAGAGCAAAAUGAUCCGUGACCUACAGAAUGAGAAUAAAAGCUUGAAGAACAAAUUGUUGUCCGGAAGCAAGCUGUGUGGGAUUCAUGCAAAAGAGUCGGAAAAAAUCCAAGCCCAACUGAAGGAGCUCCAUUAUGGGAAGAAAGAUUUGUUAUUUAAGGCCCAACAGCUCACCGAACUGGAAAAGAAGUUAGCUGUCGCCAAAAAUGAGCUUGAGAAAGCAGCUCUUGACAGGGAAUCACAGAUGAAAGCAAUGAAAGAGACCGUACAACUCUGUUUGACAUCUGUUUUCCGUGAUCAGCCUCCUCCUCUCAGUCUCUUCCCAUCAAAUCCAUCACAGACAUUGCAUCCACCCAGGACUAUUGCUUCCAAGAUUCCAGAUUCGAGGACAAAAAGCGAGAUUCUGUUCCACACUUGGGCUUCCUAGAGGACAACCGUGAACCUUUCCAUAAAAAGUUCUCCAGGAAACCAUGAGAGCUCCCGAGUUCAGUCGACAAAGGAAGAGACGAGGAGAGCCUCUGGAAGAUUUAUACCCACAAAACUGGGAGAAAAAACAUAAUCACAUAAUAACUUCAAAAAAUAAACAAUUCUCACUUUGAACAAAA